AUGUCCCACGUCCCACCAACCCAGUCCAUUCCCAAACCAGAGGAACCUAAAGAACCACAACAGUCUCCUCAGCAACCUCAGUUCCAGCAAGUACCUCCACCAAAUUACUACCAAUUUCCACCUCAAGGUUACUACCCACCACAAGGCUUCCCGAACUACCCUCCUCUGCCUAUGCCUUACUUCCCCAACCCUUGGAUGUUCCAGCAAGCUCCACCCCAGCAAUUCCAAUCUCAAUCCAAAUCGAAGAGAGACCAAGAGUUCGAAGAAGGUCUGAACCGUUUACGCAAAGAGUAUGCUACAGCCCCUAUUGAGAGAAAGUUGUUCCCGGACCAAAAAAUAUAA